AUGAGCUGGAGCGAGGCGGACUGGCACUGGGACCCUAUAGCCAUGACGGCCACAGCGCGGCAGCCGGCUGCCACCGCCUCCCCUGCCACCGGGCUGCCUCAUCGCCCACCGCAUCCAGCUGGGUGUUCCGCGGCGGGAAGCCUGCAAGUGGAGUUCCUGGCUUCGCUGGCUUGCGUGGGGGAUGGCGCAUCCAAGGCGGACGCAGCAGAUGGGAUGAAACCUGCCCUGCCCCCGGCAGGCACGCCCGGCAGCAGCAGUGGUGGCACGGUGGCGGUCGAGGGCGCGGGCGGCGCCGCCACCGCUGCCGGCCCUGCUCGCGCAACCCCAGCCCGCGGACGCAGUGACGCGAAGCAGAAGAAGGGCGCGGCUGGCGGCGGCGGCAACCUAGCAUGCCAGGCCGACGGCUGCGAGGCCGACCUCAGAGCACACACCUACUACCACCAGCGCAACAAGAUCUGCACGGUUCACAUCAAAGCCGACAUGUUCCUGCGCAACGGCGAGCAGCUGCGGUUCUGCCAGCGCUGCGGCCAUGCCCACGCCCUGGCAGAGUUCGACCCCGGCAAGCACAGCUGCCGCAAGCAGCUUGAGAAGCACAAUGCGCGGCGGCGCAAGCGGCAGCAGGACCAAGCGGCGGCCGCAGCAGGAUUGCAUGGCGCCACCGCCGGCGGCGGCGAAGCCGGCGGCACUGUGCGCAGAGGGCGGCGGCAGCAGGCACCCAAGCGCAGCCGCCUGCGGCAGGACAGCUCACCUGAGGCGGAGGCCACAGCCGGGUCUGCAGACGUUGCUCCUUCUGCCGAUGCAGUGGAGGCGUUUGCGGCAGCGUGGCGCAGCAGCGCCAGUUGGCCCUCGGGAGGGGUGCAGGAUGAGAGCGGCAGCGCAGACGAGGCCGGUCCCGCCAGCACAUCUCCCCGCAGCGCCAGCCUGCAGCAGCAGCUCCAGCAGCAGCAGCAGCAGCAGCGGGAGCAAGGGCAGCAGGCAGAGGCGAGUGCGGACCAGCUGCAUGCAGGACCGCUGCCCACCCACAGCGGCCCAGACACAUCUGCCUCCGCCUCUGCCGUGGCCACCACCCUGGCGCCCGCCGGCCCGCUUGGCGACAUGGCAGGUGCCGCGGCAGCAGCUGGAGGCGCGGCGCGGCCGGCCUCGCCGCCGCUGCCGCUGCUGGAUUUCGACAUUGACCUGAGGCCCACGCCGUACGAGGAGCUCUUCCAGCAGCAGAAGCCCAUGCACCCAGCCGAGGCGGGGCUGGCCGACGACCUGGCCGCCUGGCUGAACCGAAACUUGGAGGAGGACGAGCAGCAGCAGCAGCAGCAGCAGCAGCAGCAGCAGCAGCAUGCAUGGCAGCACGCCCCCGGCGCGGCCCCGGCCGCGCUGCCCAGGCCGGCGGCAGGUGCCGGCCCAGCCUGGGGCAUGGCGGCGCACCAGGAGGGGCAGCCCGCCAGCCUGCAGCUUGCGCGGGGCAUCAUGGGGCAGCAGGUGAUGGCGCCGCUGGAUGGCCUGCUGCCCGGCUACCAGCAGCCGCUGCUGCACCCUCACCGCCACCACCACCACCACCAGCUGUAUGGCGGCACAGCCUCCUCCCCCGCUGUCUCACCCAUGCCAGCGCCUGUGCUGGGUGCCGCGCUGCCGCUGGGAGCUGCAGCGGCAGGCGGAUCGCCGCCACCACAUGCGCCACCGCUCACAUCCCCCACGCUGGCCACAGUCAGCGUCAAGCUGUUUGGCUGCACCCCUGCCGAGCUUCCUAUGGGACUUAGAGAGCACCUCAAGGGCUGGUUUGACGGCGCUGUGCACAGCCUGGAUGGCUACCUGCGGCCCGGCUGCGUGCACCUGACGGCACAAGCCAUGCUGGGAGGAUAUGCAGAGGAGCGGCUGGGGCGGCACGAGACCCCGCCUGCAGAGGCGGCACCAGGCGGGGUCCGGGCAGAGCAGCAGGAGGAGCACAAGAGCUGCUGCCACAGGCCCACGCCUGCCGGUGUGGCGGCGCCGAACCCCGCUGGCGCCUGCUGCGGACGCAAGCGUGCCGCCGAGUCGCCAGCCGAGCCGGCGGGGGCGGUCGGCGUGGCCAGCGCCGUGCGCCGCGUCGUGGAUCGCAUGCUUCGGUCGGGCGAGGCGCUGUGGCGCACCAGGACCAUGCUGGUGCAGGCGGGGUCUCAUGUAGCGCUGGUGCACCAGGGCCGCCUGCGCCAGACCUGGGACAUUGAGAGCGCCUCGGCCCGAGCCGUGCCUGCCAUCCUGGAGGCCUUGCCCCCUCUGCUGCUGGCCAGCCAGCCAGCCGCGCUGCGCGUCAGAGGCAUCAACAUGCUGCAGAACGACUGCCGCCUGCUGCUGCGGCUGCAGGGACGCUACGUGCAGCCCGCCGCCGCCAUGUGCACCGACUGCGCCUGCUCCGCGCCGGUGCACCCCGGCAGCAGCGUGGGCAUGGCCGGGCAGGUGGCGGCGGUGACGGCGGCCGCCUCCUUUGAGCAGCGGUGCUGCGGCUGCUGCGUGAACAAGCUGCAGCUGGCGGGGCUGCUGCCGCAGGCUGCGACGGCAACGCCUGCAGCCGUACCGCCGGCCGCCGGCCUGGCUGUUGCGGAGCCUCCCCCCGGCUGCUGCCAUUCUGCCAGCCCGACCGCCGAAGCGGCAGCAGCGGGACCCCCACUUGAUUCGGCAACAGCGGCGGCGGCAGCGCCUGCACCUGCGCCCGGAGGCUGCUGCGGCUGCAAGGAGGAGCAGGAGCCGGCCUGCCAGCCCCCCUCCCGCCUGCAACAGCAGCUCGGCGCCCGCGUGCUGGUGGUCUCCUCCCCCGCCGUCCACCGCGAGCUGCUGCAGCUGGUGGAGCGGCACGGGCCCGGGGCGCUGGCCCCGCACCUGCUGGACCAGGCGCGCGCCUCUGCUGCCCGGCGCCGCCAUCUGGGCGUGGUGCACGAGUGGGUGGGUCGGCCCGAGAAGAUGCAGUACCAGCUGGUGGAGGCCACCGCCGCCAGGCUGCUGUACUGGGCCGUGGGCAGCGGCCUGCCAGCCACCGCCGACCUGCUGCUGUCUGUGCUGCAAGCCCAGGGCGGAAGCAGCAGCGCAGCCGCCGCCGCGGUGCUGCAGCGGGCUCUGCGCCACGAGGCGGCAGGCGGCGCGGCGGCCGCCGCGCUGGCCACCAUGGACGGCCUCUCUCAGCUGCACCUCUCCAUGCAGGCCACCAGCGCCGCCGCCAUGCAGCGCGCCGCAGAGCUGGCCUGCCACGACGGCCUCUCGCUGCUGCACCGAGCAGUGGAGUCGCGGUGCGGCGCCACGCUGCGCGCUGUGCUGGGGUGGGGCGAGGACGCGGGCGCCCCCUGGCGCUGCGACCUGGCAGGCCCCAUGGCCAUCACGCCGCUGCACCUGGCGGCGCUGCUGCCAGACCCCGCGGCGGCACGCCACGCGGUGCUGCUGCUGCUGAGCCGCUGCGCCCCGGGGGCCCGGGCCUGGCAGUGCUGCUGCACCGUGGAUGGCCAGACCCCGGCAGACUUUUACAGAGCCGCUGGCGCGGCACGCAGCAGCGGCGGCAGCAGCGGUGCCGCCGAGGCGACAGCGACGCUGGAAAUGGAGGUUGCUGCACUGCUCCACCUGCAGCAGGCAAAGGCGCAGCGCGAGCACGUGCCAGGCGUGCCGCUGGCCGCGGCGGCGGUUCCCGAGCCGUCGCCAGCACCAUGGCUCAAGGUGCAGGCCGCAGUGGCCGAGGCACUUUCUCUAGCUCCUGCACAGCAGCAGGCGCAGCCGCCAGCCGCUGCUCCUGGGCCGGCAAGCGUGCGGCCAGCUGCGGCAGCAGAUCCUUCGGGGCCAGAGAUGCAGCCCAGCACGCCUCGCAAGAACCCCGGCUGCCUGUGCGCCCCUGGCUGCCCAUGUGCGCUGUUGGACAGGUGCGCCUGCUGCUCCAGCGACAGCGACGAAGAGGGGGGCCCUCAGGAGGACGGCAGGCAUCACCAGGGCACCUGCGGCGCCGGCAGCGGCAAGUGCUGCUGCUGCAGCACCGACGCCAGCUGCCACGUGGUUGGCUGCGCCGGCUGCGCAGGCGCGGGGCACCAUGGCAGCGGGGCGCCCAUGCCGGGCAGCAACGCAGGCGGUGGCGGCGGGCUGCGCCGCGGCGUGGCUGCAUCGCCGUCGAAGGCAAAGGCCUGCGGCGAUGCGCCUCGCAGCAGCACCGCUGCCGCCGCUGCUCCAGCGCCGACCCCUCAGCGGCGGCCUGUCAGGCGGCAGCGAAUGCAGUGCGUGCUGCUGCUGCACGGCACCUGGCUGUCUGCCCUGAUGCUGCUGACACUGGCAAGCAUCCAUGGCCGCCAGCACCGGGGCCAACUGCUGGCGGAGAGCCUGCUGGAUGCCGUCAGCGAGGGCGGUGCCCGGGCGGCGGCAGGGGCGGCAGGGGCGCAUCGUGCCUUCACGGCAGCACACGCGUGCGGCGAGGCGCUGCAGCUUCCCCAGGUCGCGCUGCUUUUUCUUGUCAAGGGCCCGAUGCACCAUGAGGUGCUGUGGCGCCUCUGGUUUGAGUCGGCAGCAGGCCUCCUGCCCACAGACGCACUGGCCGCAGCCCUGUGCAGCAGCAAUAGCAGCAGCGGCGGCAAUGCCGCCAGCAGCAGCAGCAGCCAGCCAUCGGCAGGCGAGCGGCAGCGGCGGGUGCUGCAAGCUUGCAGCAGCAGAAGCGGCGCAGACGGCGGCGUGGAGCCUGUGGAUGGCGGCGUGCUGUCAGAUUCGGAAGGUGUGACUGCACCGCAGCCGGGCCUGGCAGAGGAACACGAAGGCCAGCCGCUGGAAGAGCCAGCCGCCAGCCCCAGUCAUUCCAGCCGGCUGCUGCAGCAGGCUCACAGCAAGCAUAGCGCCACCAGCAAUAGAGCCGGCACUGUGAAUGCCGGAUUUGUGGCUCCAAAGGGCAGGGCCAUGCCACCUGCCAGCGGUGUGCUGGGCGAGCAGAUUUUGUUUGAUGUGUAUGUGCACCCCCACCCCAGCUUCAAAGGCUACCCUGCCAACAGCUUGUUCCAUGGCAGGGAGCUGCCUCGCAUUGAGCGGGUGGCCACCGAGUGGGGGCAGCACAGCCUUGUGGAUGCAGCACGGGCGCUGCUGAAGGCGGCGCACCGCAACCCUCGCAACGUCAAGUUUGUGCUGAUGAGCGAAUCAGACCUCCCGCUGUAUUCGCCGCAUGUGCUGUACACGCAGCUGCUGGGCGAGCCGCUUUCACGCCUGAAUGCGUGCAACACCACCGACGGGUGGCGCCUGUUUGACCACCGCUGGGUCCCACGCAUGGAGACAAAAGUGCUCAAGCCCCACCACUGGCGCAAGAGCUGGCAGUGGUUUGCGCUGGGGCGACGGCACGUGGACCUGGUGCUGUCAGACACUGCGGUGGAUGCCUCCUUCCGGGCCCACUGCCGCACCAUGUUUGAGCAGGACCGGGGGGCGGAGCGGGAGUGCUAUAGCGACGAGCACUACAUCCCCACCCUGCUGGCGGUGCACGGCCGGGACGAGGAGACGGACUGCCAGGGCUGGCUCAUGGAUACAGACUGGUCCCGAGUCAGCAACAUCUCGCCGCACCCGUGGGAGUACAUGCCAGACGAGCUGACAGACAAGCUGCUGCACCAGCUGCGGCGGCCGGGGCAGCCACGCUGCGGCCACGCAGCGCGAGUCGCGGUCACCGCUCGCGGCGCAUUUGUCGAGGCAGCAGACCUGGCGGGCGUGUCCACUGCGGCUGCCGGCUCUGUGCAGGCGGACGCCGCGCUGACGGGCAUGUGCCGGCAGCUGGAGCAGCUGGCGGUGCGGCACCGCCAGGAGCAUCAGCCGCUGGGCCCGCAUUGCCGCCUGCUGGCCCGCAAGUUCCUGAACACCACCGUGGCAGCGGCGCUGGCGGCAGCGGCGCCCUGCGAAAGCAUGGCGCUCGUCCUCAACAACGGCACCUGCCCUGGCGAGACGCCGAUGCAGGCGGCCCUGCGUCGGGCGUGGCGCCGGGCUGCGCCGUACGCGCUGCUGCUGCUGGGCACCCUGCUGCUGCCGGUGCUGGCGGCGCUCUGCCUGGGGGCCGUGGUUGUGCCCGCCGCCGUGGCCGUCAAUGGCAGUCGGCGCGGCACCCGCACUGAUGCCGCAUGCUUGAGAAUUCAUUAA